UGUACUAUGAUUAAGUUGUUAUUCUACUUUUAAUAAGUAUUGAUAACGUUAAUUUUGCCACAAAAACUACUGUUGGCUUAAAAGUUAUCGAUGUAUCUCUAUUCAGAGUGUUAAAGGUCGGGUAGACCUGAUUGGAAUGCUUAAUCUGACAGAUAACAUGGAUUAAGUUGACCAAGUGGAACGAAAGUAUAACCAUGCAUUAUCAAAGCAUGAAAUUUAUUUUACGCGUAUGAUGAUCGAUCAGAAUUCAGUCAUUUGUCGUGAAGUAAGGGAAAACGUAAUGCGACUAGUGUGCUUAGACAGCAAAUAAUAUGAUUUCAAGUUUUUGUAAAAAAAUUAUUGGUACAUCUACUACACAAGAGCAAAACCAGGAGAAAAUUCUUUGUGUCGGAUUGACUUGUUUGGACAUCGUGCAAACCUGUAAACAAUACCCCGCGGAAGAUUCUGAUCAAAGAUCUGUGGAAUACAGAUGGCAAAGAGGAGGCAAUGCAUCCAACACUUGCACAGUCCUUUCACUAUUGGGAAGUCCGUGCGAGUUCCUUGGUACCUUGAGUGCAGAAGAACACCUAAACUUUUUACAAAAUGAUAUGAGGAAAUAUAACAUUGGUUUUUCUCACUGUCCUAUGGUAGAAGGCAUCGGAUGUCCUACAUCUACAAUUGUUUUGAGUCUAAGUUCUGGUUCGCGUACAAUUUUACAUCAUAAUCCGUGUCUGCCAGAAUUAACAUUAAAGGAUUUUGAACAGCUGCGUCUACAGGAUUACAGCUGGAUUCAUUUUGAGGGCAGAAACUUGGUCGAAGUGUUACCUAUGAUGCAGUAUGUGGAAAACUACAAUAACACAUUGAAUUAUAGCCAAGAUGUUAGUAACAAAGAGACAGAUUGGAGCCAGAUACCGAUUACAGUUAGCAUGGAAUUAGAACGUCCUAAACAAGAAUUGUUAGAUCUACUACCAUACGUUGAUGUAGCAUUUAUAUCGAAAGAUUUUGCUCAAAGUAGAGGAUACGAUAAUAUGAGCGAAACAUUAAAGAAUAUAAGCGAAGAUGCUAAGUCUGGAGCAACGCUUAUCUGUGCUUGGGGAGACAGAGGUGCUAUGGCAAGAACACCGGAUAACAUCACUGUACAAUCUCCAGCAUUUCCACCACAAAAGAUUGUGGAUACUUUGGGAGCUGGUGACACUUUUAAUGCUGCAGUAUUGCAUUUUUUGAAUAAAACGAAACUAGACUUUAUUAAAACGAGAAAGUCAGAAUCGAUCGAAGUAAAUACGGCAAUACAAAAAGAGGAAAAACUGAAACAUACUAUUAAAAAAAAUUAUAAAAUUGAAAGCGUAGAAUUUAGUCACACGGAAUUUAUUACCCAAAAUGUUUUACAAACGGCUGUGACCUUUGGCUGUCAAGUAGCUGGCGUCAAAGUUGGUUUAAAAGGCUAUAAUAAAUUAGACGAAAUUUUUAGACAUAUGUACCAACAAGAAACGUACAAAAAAAAUUGGCCGUGUUUAACGAUAGCGGUGAGUGGUAUUAUAGAUACCUUAAGAUAUUUCCUUACCUAAUGUAAAAUUAUCUACAAGUUUAUGAAGAAUAAUUACAUGUGCGUAUAAACAAAUUCAAAAUAGUACAGAUAGGGUAAAAAAAAAAAAAAUUACUCCGCUUUUAUAAAUUAGGAGUAUCGCUGCGGAAAUAUCAAACAUUCGU